GGUUUGACCGGUAGUUCUUUGCUUGAGUUUCACGCGUUUACGCUUUACGCAAUGCUGGAUAGUCUUCUUGCCACGGCGCAACAUGUCAUUGCUUGUUUCUACUUAUUACUCGGGGCUUCAUGUCAUUGUAUGCCUUAGAAUCUUAACUCUACCUGCAGGCUUUAGCUUCCAGUCGUUCUAAUGUCUUACUCCAAAAGGCUUCGAACAGCCCAUUCAUAUAUUCCUUCUUCUUAUUCUGAAUCUGAACCCAAGGAGCACGAUGUAUUCCUCAGUUUUAGAGGUGAAGACACCCGCAAUACUUUUACCGACCAUCUAUAUCAGGCUUUGGUUGAUAAAGGGAUUAGCACCUUUAUGGAUGAUGAAAAAAUUGGGAUUGGAAAACCCAUUUCCCCGGAACUCUUGCUUGCAAUUGAGAAAUCGAGCGUGGCAGUCAUCGUGUUGUCAAGAAAUUAUGCAUCUUCCACAUGGUGCUUACAAGAACUUGCAAAAAUUAUUGAAUGCAUGAAAGAGAGGGAGAUGAGAGUUUUGCCCAUUUUCUACCAUGUGGAUCCUAGUGAUGUGCGAAAUCAGAAGGGCACUUUUGCAGAUGCCUUUGCCGAACAUGAGAUACGUUUUGAGAAGAACUUAGAGAAGGUGCGAACAUGGAGAAAUGCAUUGAGAGAAGUGGCUAAUCUCUCCGGACGCCACUUACAGAAUGGGCGUGAGUCGGUGUUUAUCAAAACCAUUGUUGAUAGUAUAUCUCGUGAAUUGAGUGAUACACUCUCGAUUGUUGACGAGGAUAGCCUUAUUGGAAUAAAAUAUCCAGUUAGGGAAUUAUUGAAUUCGCAUCUAAAAACAUCGCGAGAAGAUGAAGUGCGCUUUAUAGGAUUAUGCGGGAUGAGUGGGAUAGGCAAGACAACUGUUGCACGAGUUGUAUUUCAAAGAAUCCGUUUGAAAUUUCAAGCUUGCAGCUUUCUCGAUAAUGUUAGUGCAGAACGUAAUGUGGAUGCUUUGCUAGAAAAACUCCUUUCUGACAUGAAGUUGAGGAGUGAAAAAGAAAAGUGGGAUGGAAGGGCGGUGAUAAAGAAUAGACUGCUUUCCAAGAAGGUUCUUAUUGUUCUUGAUGAUGUUGACAAAAUAGAACAAUUAGAAACAUUAGUAGGGAACUGCAAUUGGUUCGGCAAGGGGAGUAGAAUUAUAAUAACCACAAAAGAUAAGCAUUUGUUGAUAAGACAUGGAGUUCCAGAUGAAAAUAUAUACAUGGUUAAAGGAUUGAAUGAAUACGGUCAUGAUCUUGAUUUGAAGCUCUUUUGUCGAAAAGCCUUCCGCAAACCCAAUUGUGAAAUAGAUUUUUUGGAUUUAUGCAAGGAUUUUGUACAUUAUGCUAGUGGCCAUCCACUAGCACUUAAAGUCUUGGGAUCCUCUUUAUUUGGAAAAGGACGAGAGGUAUGGCAAAGUGAUCUUGCUAAAUUAAAGGCAAUUCCUAACGAGGAUAUUCAGAAAAAACUUCAGAUUGGGUUUGAUGCACUCGGGCGCACAGAGAAAAAAUUAUUUUUGGAUAUUGCGUGUUUCUUUAAUGGUGAUUACAAGGAUCGAGUAAUAGAUCUACUACAAGGUUUAUAUUGCUACCCUACCUCUGAUAUUGAAACUCUUGUUGACAAAUCUCUCCUUACUAGUUCUGGAAAAAGAUUGUGGAUGCAUAAUUUACUACAACAAAUGAGUUGGGAAAUUGUUCGUUGUGAACACCAACAUAAUCCUGGAAAAUGGAGUAGAUUGUGGCUUUCUGAUGAUAUCCUUCAAGUGCUAAAACAAAAUACGGGAACAGAUAACGUUGAGGGCAUAAUGAUGAAUACGCCACCCCAUGAAGAACAGUUGAAUGCUAACGCCUUCUCCAAUAUGAAAAGGCUAGGAUUGCUUAAAAUCUGUAACGUGCACCUUUCUGCGGGCCUUGGAUAUCUUUCGAAUGAGUUACGUUUGAUGGAAUGGCAUGAGUAUCCUUUGACUUCCAUGCCAAAUAAUUUCCAGCCACACAACCUUGUCGAACUGAUUAUGCCUCGUUGUCGCUUUGAGCAACUGCCCAAGGGAUUUCGUAACUUGAACAAAUUGAAAGUCCUCGACCUCAGUGACUCCCAAAACUUAAUCAAGACACCUGAUUUCACUGGUUUCUCAAAUCUGCAAAGGCUCAUUCUCCAAGGUUGUACUAGAUUGUACGAAGUGCAUCCAUCUAUGGGAGUUCUCAAUCGACUUGUUCUAUUAAAUCUCAAAGAUUGCCAGAGUCUUGCUAGCCUUCCAUACGAGAUCAACUUGGAAUCUUUAAAAACUGUUAUCCUAUCUGGCUGUUCAAACCUCAUUAAGUUUCCAGAGGUCGGGGAAAAUAUGAAACGUUUGUCAGAACUUUACUUGGACAAGACGGCGAUAGAAGAGGUACCAUUAUCAAUUCAGAAUCUAACUGGUCUGACUUUACUAAAUCUUUCCGGUUGUAAGCAGGAUCAUCCAUCCGAAUUAUGGCAUUCGAUGUUCUGCCUCUCAGCACUAACCUCUUUAGUAGCUCUUGACUUGAGUGAUUGCAAUCUGUCAGACGGAGCAAUCCCUGGUGAUCUUAGUGGCUUAUCUUCACUGGAAUCUCUAAAUUUGAGCAGAAACAAUUUUACACGCUUGCCUGAUAGCAUAUCUCAGCUUUCCAAGCUAAAAUUCCUCUACUUGGAUAAUUGUAGCAAGCUGAAAUUACUGCCCAAUUUUCCCUCGGGUACACAAUUAGUAAUGGCAAGGGAAUGUUCUUCACUCGAAAAUUGUUCAAAUCAAGUUACAGUGUGGACUUCAUACGAAACUGGAUUCACAAUUAUUAACUGCCUCAGCUAUGUCGAUGAUGAAAAAUCCAAAGUUUCUUUGCAAGAUCUGCACUUCCAGCCACUGUGGAGGCAAUACAGAGAGGAGCCAAUUCAACAUGGCAAAGGAUUUCUUAGCACUCUACCUGAUACUCAAAUUCCAAAGUGGUUCCACCAUCAGAACUACGGGUCAUCUGUAUCAAUCCCAUUACCACCUGAUCUUUCUAAGAAUAGUAGUUGGAGAGGAAUUGCAUUGUACACUGUUUCUGAAGUCGAGAAAAAUUUGGGCGAUGUUUCUCCUGGUCAGAAAUCACAUAAUAUUCACGAGUUGACAUAUCACUUUGACAUGCAGGAUGGAGCUGAUCUUGAAGAUUGUACCAUAUUCUUUCAUCCCCCUAAAGACCAAAGUGGUGUUGAUUUAUAUAGACUCUGUCUAUAUAUCUCGCAUGCGAGGUUUAGGGAUCAUUUAGACAGACGUAGCUGCAUUAGCCCUUCAAUUUUAACCAAUAGCCCAAGUGUUCGGUUUAAAGCAUGUGGCGCUCGAAUUCUCUAUGAACACGAUAUGGUAGAGUUUAUACAUAUUUUAAGCCAAAAAGGUCGCGGUAUCCAUAACUUGCCGAGUUCUCGAAGAAUUGAGGAUUUCAAGAGACGUUUCCUUGGAGAUGCGACUGAGAAACUGCAGGACUUUGAUGGAAGUUCCGUAUACAAUUUGUGUUUUUCUGGAUCAAUUCAAAACUUGUUCCCCUCUAUAAGCAGAGAUCCCUCAGUGACAUUUGAUUCACCCAGUAACUGGUACAAGGAUGGGACUUGGAUGGGACUUGCUCUAUACGCUUCUUUUGAUGUCCUUGAGCAUUCAUCAACUAAGAUAGAUGGCGAUCCGAAUACACAAGUUCCUAAUAAGUACCACCUUACUUUGUCUUUGAACACCGAUAUGGGUAGUCUGGAACGUUUCCAGACCUAUUGCCUCACUGAAGAAGAUCUCGCGUUGUUACAACAUCCCCGCAUGUUGUUCGGGCGCCGAAGUAAAUUGGGAUGGUUGUGUUAUAUGCCGCGUGGGUUGUUUCCAGAUUGGUUGAGUGGGUGCUCUUUCAUUGAGGCUUCAAUUGGAACCAACUACCCCGGCUUAACGAUGUACCAGUGUGGGUUCCGUCUUGUGUUCCAACAUGACGUUUUGUUUCAGGAAAUACUACAAAUUCUAGAUGCAUGCCCUGACGAACGCCGGCGGUUUAUUAAUCCUAAGGUUGUAGAGUUAUUGUAACAUU